AUGUUAGUACCUAAAGUUGCAAGCGCAACAUCUAUUAAGGAAUAUAGACCUAUAGCAUGUUGCUCCACUUUGUACAAGCUCAUCUCAAAGAUCAUUACAGCAAAAUUAAAGAUGGUGGUGGAUUCCAUUGUGGGACCUGCUCAAGUAGCAUUCAUUGAAGGAAGGAACAUAUUGGAUAAUAUGAUUAUUGCACACAAACUGGUCAAGGGAUAUACUCAAAAAGGGGUCUCACCAAGAUGUUGCAUUAAAGUAGACAUAAGGAAAGCUUAUGAUUCAGUCGAGUGGCCUUUCUUAAGGAUGAUACUGCUAGAAUUUGGAAUAGCAGACAAGAUCUCUAUUAGCUUGCUACUGGAAAGGUUUACUCAUUUCUGUGAGGUCUCAGGUCUCAAGGAUAAUAUGAAGAAGAGUGCUUUGUAUAUUGAUGGCGUUCCUAGGGAGUUCAAAGAAAUGAUCCUACAAGAAAUGAAAUUCACACUAGGAGAGUUACCAUUUAAAUAUCUUGGAGUGCCCUUGUCUUCUAAAAAACUGUCUAUACAAAAAUGGAUGCCAUUGAUUGAGAAGAUCACUGCUAGACAUAACUGUUGGAUAGCCAAAUUUCUAUCAUAUAGUGGACGAUUUCAGCUAAUUAAGAGUGUGACAGGAAGCAGUCAACCAUCUAUGAGGGCAUUGAUAGCUUGGGAUACAAUUUGUAUGCCAAUGCCAGCAGGUGAACUAAAUGUUCUUGAUAUCUACUCCUGGAAUAAGGCUUCCAUAUGUAAGUUGUUGUGGGCUAUAACUACAAAUAAGGAUACUCUGUGGAUCCAAUGGAUCCAUAGCUUCUACAUUAAAGACCAAAAUGUUAUGGCUCUGGAUACUCCUAAGCAGGCUUGUUGGCUCAUUAGGAAGAUAUUUGAUACUAGGGACUGGUUUAUCCUAAAAAGACCUAUUGAUGAUUUGACCAAAUACUAUAAGCAAGAAAAAUUCAGCAGUAAGUAG